AUGGCAGCAAAUAUCCUAGAAAAAGCAAAGGAAGACAUGUUGACCAAUGUAAUUCUCAAUAAUGAAGCUGACCACGUCCAGACAACAUCCAGGAUUUUCCGUACUGCCUACAAAGAAGCCAAGCGCCAUAGACCAGCUUAUGGAUUUGAAAAUGAAAUUGACUGCCAAGAGAUGAACGGCCUGAACAUGGGACGGAUCCUUCACUCGAACGUGGCCUGUUCUAAUAUUCAACAACACAUUGCGACAGAGAUGAAACAUAAACUACUUGAGAGGAUUGUGACGUGUGCUCCAAAAAUUGGACUGAUGUUGGAUGAGGCAACCGGCCUGAAUAAAAAGAACGCAUUAAUUGUGUAUCUUAGAGUUCAGUUGACAGACAUGGAGUCACCGGAAAGCAUCUUCUUUGAUUUGAUCGAAUUGGAUGAUUUGGGUGCCAAGGGCAUCGUCCGCAAGCUGUUGAGUGCAUUACAUCAAGCCAACUUAUCCGAGGACUUCCUCGCCAAAACACUGGUAGGCCUCACCUGUGAUGGUGCGUCAGUGAUGCUGGGAUGCAAGAGUGGGGUGGCAGCUCGUCUCCAAAGUCGAUUUCCAAAUAUCCUAGUGUGGCACUGCUCCGCGCAUCGCCUCGAGCUUGCGGUCGGUGAUGUGGUCAAAGAAAUGACGGCUGUGAACCACUUCAAAAUCCUAAUUGAUAAACUUUACUCGUUGUACUGUACGUCAAACAAGAAUCGUGCGGAGCUCAAAGAAUGCGCUGAUGGACUGGACAUCCAGCUGUGCAAGAUUGGCCGAGUGUUGGACACAAGGUGGGUGGCAUCAAGCCUAAGGACUGUCGAAGCGGUGUGGAGAAAUUACCCUGCCCUCUACAGACAUUUUACACAGGCAGCGCAGGAUCCCACCCGUGAUGGCGCAACCCAAGAGAGCUACAAUGGGCUGGCAAAGCGCCUGACAUCACAUCCAUUUGUCAACAACUUGGGGGUGAUGUAUGACGCUUUGCAAGAACUGUCAGAGCUAUCACUCGAGCUACAAAAGCGCGACUGUAACAUCAUCAUGUCGUACAAAGCCAUCUGUAGACAAAUCCGUGUUUUCGAGGCGAUGUCUGAGCGUCCCGGACGACACAGCCUGCUGAGCCAGAGCGGGAUCGAUGAUAACUCUUUUCUUGGAGUACCCCUUCACAAAGGAAAGUUGACAGACAAGACGUUGGAUCACCGGGCAUUUUUUGCUAGUCUGGCCAGAAAUGUAGAGAAACGCCUGUUAUCCCACCAAACAGGAUACUACAAGCUCAUCGAGAAUGUGAAGGUACUGUAUCCACAGUAUUGGCCACGGGAGGAAGGCGAGCUCUUCGGGGAAGGUGAAGUGGAAGCGCUCUGCCAGCAGUUUUGCAUCGAAGAACCGCGGAAUGUCAUCAGGGCAUUCAGGGAAUUCAGAGAAAAUAAUGGGGAGUUAAUCCCUGAUGGACUCAAGGACCUCUUAGCCGCGGUCAAUACUGUCCCCAUCUCAAGUGCAGAAUGUGAGCGGGGUUUCUCGCAGAUGAACUUAAUUUGCACAGCAAACAGAGCAUCUCUUCUCCCCUCUACCAUCGCCUCCUUACUCUUUCUUUGCCUUGUUGGCCCACCGCUUACCCAGUUUAACCCCAUUCCUUACGUGAAGUCUUGGAUUGCGAAAGGACAUACGACUGCACGGGACCAGAGGAGUAAAGAGAGAAGCAGGGAAAUAGAGGCCAGGGGGUCUAUGGAUGCUGUGUGGGCUGUUUUGAACAAAUAA